UCAUGGAGGUCUGCAUAUUCUUCCUUUAUGCUAUGAUACUUCUCCCAGGUAUUGCUGCCAGUGUGCAUCAGGUGAAGUCAUUUCUCAAUCACACUGCAUACCUAUCCUGCUAUUUUCCAAACUCUCAGAAAACUGACAUAAAGGAUUUAAGAGUUUUUUGGCAAAAAGGCGCUGUUGAAGUGGUGCACGAAGUAUACUACGGCCAAGAAAUACAUGACAACCUUAGUCCUAAAUACAUAAAUCGCACAAAGAUGGAUAUGGACAAAUGGACCUUGCAAUUGUUAAAUGCAGGAAUUGUGGAUGAGGGACAGUAUACAUGUAUUAUACAGCACAGAGAUAAAGGAUCGCCAAAGGUCAUACACACAUCUGAGUGCUUACUGCACAUCAUUGCCAACUAUAGUCAACCUGAGAUAGCGUGGCUGCACACUGGGGAACUAAAGCCCAACGAAUACUUGAAUCUUUCCUGUUCUUCCAGCGGCGGUUAUCCAGAGCCCAAGCACAUGACUUGGCUAGUUUCACGCGAAAACAAAACAGACAGGCUUAUGGGUCCUAUGGAUGUCUCACAGGAUGCUGUAACAAUGCUAUACAAUGUUACUGGCAGGCUGAAUAUCACAGUUCCUACAAACACCCUCACUAACAUUAGCUGCUUGCUUCACCUUGGAGAGCAGCUGGGGAGCCUUCUCUCAGUGCCACUAGGCAUAGAGAUACCAGAGGAAAAAAUGGAGCAAGUGAAGAUAAAUUUCUUUGGCCCACUUAUAGCUGUGAUUAUACUGAUCACACUUCUUCUGGGUUUUGUGAUAUUGAAGAAGAACAGAAACAGUUCAUCUACCAACCAGAGUGUCAGUCUAGCAGUCUAGAAGCUAUCCAGCUUGAAAUCAAGGCCAUCAGCCAGACUGCUGACUGGAAACCAUCUCUACACAUAGCAAGGCCUGAGGUCCCAUAUUCUUAGAUGCUCAGCCAGAACAAGAAUCCUCCCCAGGUACCCUGCAUAACAACAUGCAACAUUUUGGUCUGAUGGCUGAAAUCCACUGUCCAGUGUUCCCUGCUUUUAUUUUUGCUCCAGAAUGGUAGUAAAUACGGUGCUCUGCCUGUCUGCGUGACUAUCUUU